UUUGCGUCACUCUGAGACCCGACGCCGGAAGCGGGAGCGGUUGAGCUUUGGGGCUCCGCGGCUCGCGCUCGGGCAGCAUGAGGGGACGGCUGCUGCGGGCUUGGCGGGAGGGAGCCGCCGCCCGCGGGCUGGCCGAGCUCGGGGUCCCCCGGGCAAAGCCACCGUGGCGGGUGCUGUUCUUCGGCACCGACGACUUCGCCGCCGAGUCCCUGAGGGCGCUGGAGGCCGCCAGGUGCCGGGGGGGGACCGAGGAGGGAGGACCAUGGGGAGGGGGGGAGCCCAGGGAGGAGCCGCUCAUAGACAGGCUGGAGGUGGUGACUCUGCCAUCCCCUUUGCCGAGGGGUCUUCCUGUGAAAAACUGCACCAAACAGUUUCAACUCCCAACCCACGAAUGGCCGGAUACAGGACCCAAUGGCCAGUUUGAUGUCGGGGUGGUGGCAUCGUUUGGGCGUCUUCUGAGUGAGGACCUCAUUCUUCAGUUUCCAUAUGGCGUCUUGAAUGUCCAUCCCAGCUAUCUCCCAAGGUGGCGUGGCCCUGCACCGAUAGUCCACGCAGUGCUUCAUGGUGAUACAGUAACUGGGGUGACAAUUAUGCAAAUUAAGCCUAAAAGGUUUGAUGUAGGUCCAAUUAUUAAGCAGGAAAAGUUUGCUGUUCCUUCUCAGUGCACAGCAAAAGAACUAGAAGCAAUAUUAUCAAAGUUGGGUGCAAACAUGCUCAUUUCAGUUUUGAAAAACUUACCUGAAAGUUUAAAAAACAAAAGGGAGCAACCAAAUGAAGGAGUAACAUUUGCUCCUAAAGUCACUGUUGCUAUGAGUUGUAUAAAAUGGGAAGAACAAACUCCUGAGCAGAUAUUACGACUACAACGUGCCAUAGGAGCUAUACUUCCAUUGCAGACAUUGUGGAUGGGAAAUACUGUUAAACUUCUGGAUUUUGUGGAAGUGCAUAACAUCCGUAGCUUUGCUGAUCAACUAUUAAAUGAGCAUGGAAUUGUUCCAGGAUCAGUAUUAUACCAUAAAUCGUCACAGACAUUGGUGGUACGUUGCAAGGAAGGCUGGGUCGGAGUCAAAACUGUCAUUUUAAAGAAGAAGCUUACAGCUGCUGACUUCUAUAAUGGGUACUUACAUCCCUGGUUCCAGCAGAAUUCAAAAAAUCUUUAUAGGGACUGCAGAUUUCAUACUCUCAAACUUACCACAGUGAAGAAGACUGAAAGAAAAGGAAAUGGUGGUGCACAAUAUAAAACAAAGUGCACGAAAUUUGUCAAACAGGAUGGCUGUAAAUGAAUAGAAACAUUAAGUAUUUCAUCGUCCAUUACAAUAAAUGAAGCAGGAAUUUCUUUAAGGGCGCUUCAACUGCAAAGUGUGUGAUAUUGGUAUCAUCAGCCAAGAAGAUUUCUUCAUUACUCUUUUAUGAAGCACUAUGUUUUAUUCCUUUAAGAGAAGAGCACACGUUAGUGAAUGCCUAACUAAGACAAUGAAUAACCCUGUUUCUGUUGUUAGACAAUUUAAAUUUUGUGUAAAAAAUAAUUUAAAAGCUUGAUUUUUUUUUCCAACGUGGCUUUGUCAGAGGGUAGAUCAAUAUAGUUCUGUUUAAUUAUGCUUAUCUGACAAACUUAAAGUAGUUUGUCCUUAAAUGGCAUAGGAAAUUAAUGAGAAACACUUUUUUACCUGCAAGGUCCUGUUUGUGUGAAACAAAACCUAUUUUGGUAAGUAAUAUCUGCCAAAAUCCUACUGGAUCCAGAUAUUUAUUUGUACAAAGGCAUAUGGUAAUUGUGUAGUAUUUCAGGCUCAGAUUUGUAACUUUUAGUUAGUGGAACAUUUUCAAGUGAAGUCCACAAGUGGGAAUUGUCCAGGAGGAUUAUAUUGGUAAUUUUGCAUGCUUUUAUCUAAAAUAAACUAGAGAACACAAAGCAGAAAUUUAGCCUCUAAAUCAAUACCCACUGGAAUUAGAAUUGUUCUCUUAGAGUACACACCAUUUGACUAGUGUUUGGUUGGAUGACGGCCAUCCAGAGAAGUUGUGUGUCUAAUGGAAGAAAAGCUAGUACAAUUUUGGCACUGAACACGUACAUUGAAUUAACUGUUUGUUUAUGGUCAUUCAAACAUUUUGACGUUUGUAGAAUACAGGAAACAGUAUUUUGUUCUGAUAAUGUUUUGGGAAAAUGUAGAAGGCUUUAUUGCUUCAUCUGGAUGCAGGGAUAUCUGUUGAUUAAUGACAGCAGUCUGGAAUGCUUUUCUGUCAUCCAGGCUUAUCACACAGAUCUUUCAAAAACCCACUUUAGUGCUUGACAUUAGAGGAAACAGCCAGAAGUUUAGUACUUUCUUUUAAAGAAAAACUUUUUUCUACCGAUGAGUGUCAAUUUUUAAAGAAAAAAGGGUCAAGAAGCCCUGUUUUCCCAAAGAGGAGACAGGACUGGCCAGUAUUGGCUACAGAACAGUAACCAGCAAACACCAGCCCUUGCAUGCUUUGUGCUUUCGUCUUUCAGAGUUGCACUGUGCUUACAUAGUCAAGAUUAAAAUUGCAAGACUCUUAUUAAAUUGUGCUUUUAAAGUAUCUAAGUAGAAAUUUCCCCCCCAUAAAAUGACUUUAUAUUUACAUUUAAGAUUAUUUAAUAGAACUAUGAUUUGUAUUAUGGUAACACUUUUGUUAUGCUUGUAAACUAACCUUUGCCACUAGGCUUAAGUUGUCAUUUACAUAGAUUUUGGACAGUUAUCUUCAGCGGUUUAUAGUCAUCCAACUCUGGAAAUAACUAAAGUUUAGAAAAACAAUGGGACGAACCUCUGGCAUUUAUAAACAGGACUUGAAAAUUGUAUCAAACAAUUUAUUAGAGCCUACCAGUUGGAAGUAUAGAUGAAAAACAGGAGGUACCAGAGAAUUUAACUGGGAUUUGAUUUAACUGGGAAUUGGUCCUGCUUCGAGCAGGGGGUUGGACUAGAUGACCUUCUGGGGUCCCUUCCAACCCUUAGAUUCUAUGAUUCUAUGAAUUCUAGGGGCAACUUCUUAGAAGCCUGCCAUCCUCAGUUGUGGGGAUUGCCGAUAGUGCUGGGUUUUUUAGCAACUUUCUAUCCUUGAAGCUGCUUGGGGGUUUCCAUGUAUUGUAGCAACCUCUGGCUUGUAGGUGUACAACAGAACUUGGAAGUUCCACCACCCUCUAGCUGCUGGAAGGGGGAAGAUGCAUUCUGUUCCUCCUUUCCCCUUCAGAACCUUCUAGCUGCUAUGUAUUGCCCUCUUGCAGAACGUAUGGGCUGCUGUGAAGGGGGCUGGUCUUUGCUACUCUACCCUUCCCAGUCUCCUGCCUGCUGAGGUAAGAUGGAAGAAAAAUAUUUGGGUUGGUGGGGGGAUGAUGGAGUGAGGGGGGGAGAGAGAAAGAGCUUCUCUGGGAAUAACCCUAGUACUCAUGUCUGCUCCUACCUGUAGCUUUCUCAAGCAGUGUGACAUUGACUUGAUUCUGGAUUGCAUUACUAUUGCCUAUGAGGUCCUGAAUAGCAGCAGUGAAACUUUGGAGUAUUGCUAAUUUCGCUUUUUGGCUGCUUGGGAGAAGCUGGAGAAUCAAUAGAGCUACUGGAGCUGUUUGCAAACUCAGGAAAACACACUGCAUCAGUUUCCAUUCAGUUCAUAUUUGCAAAGUUAUCAAUGAAAUCCUAAGGGCUGUAUACUUUACAAAAAGUUGUGUAAGUUCUAUAGAAGUAAAUGGCUCAAGUUCUCACAGUCACUAAGUAACGUUUCUCAUGUUGGUGGAUAUGCUUCAAGUUCUGGAUAUGCCCAGACUUCCUGCUUUAACCUCUCCCUCCUGGUCUAUCUAGGGUUGCCUUGUUGGCCACCUCAAUCUUUCAAUGGCAGUGUGUGUACAUCCUUUCAGAUGUAAAGAAGGAUGUGACUAAAGCUGGAAGAGAAACACAGACCAUAAAGUUAUUCUAAAUGUGUAGACACCAAGGUGGCAGGCAUCCUAGAAAUAGCUGAGAUGCAUUGGGCAAGAGAGGAAAAAUCCAUUAAAAAUGCCUUACAUUAUAUAACAUGGAGGAAAACGUUUUAAUGGAAUACACGUCACAAUAUUUUUCUUACUGCCCUCAGUCUAUCCAUGAAUCUGUAACAGGUUUCCCAAAACAUAGACUCUUCCAAGAUGUUUAGGCCUCUGACUCCUAAUGUAAACCUGGACGCAGUAUCAUGGUAAAAGACUGGAUCGUGUUGAGAAUUUGUCACUUUGAAAUAACUGCACAUAAAUAGGGCUGUAACUUAUUACGCUUUUAUGAGUUACAAAUAUUAAACUGAGCCUGUGUUUAGAAACUGAGACAGAUGCUCAAACUAAUGCCUUCUGCCCGCUUUUCAGCUAGUGGUCCGAUAUUUGACUCUUCUAAUUUUUUCUAGCUCAACUUUUCCACCAAGGACAAGGAGAUUAGCUUGUUAAUGUCAUUUAUCUUUCUUGCAUCUCUGAAAGCAAGAUGGGUCUCAGACUAGGUUUUAUGUACAACUUUAAUUGUUAUUUCAGUUUUUUCCUCCAUUGUUUUCCAUAAGCCUUCUUCCCAGCGAGAGCCGGUUGGAAAUUUUCCAUCAAUGUUUUUUUCUGUGGGAAAUGUGUUUUCCACCAAAUGAAAAUUUUUUUUCCUGGGAAAACUCCGAUUUCUCUAUUAGAGAAAAUCAGCAUACUUUGUCUUGUGUCUCGACCCAAAAUGAAACCAUUUUGGUUUUUCAAAGGCUCGUUCACCUGCACAUCUACCAAUGUGAUAUAUGCCAUCAUGUGCCAGCAAUGCCCCCCUGCCAUGUACAUUGGGCAAACUGGACAGUCUCUACGUAAAAGAAUAAAUGGACACAAAUCAGAUGUCAAGAAUUAUAACAUCAUAAACCAGUCGGAGAACACUUCAGUCUCUCUGGUUACUCGAUUUCUGAUCUCAAAGUGAGUAUCCUUCAACAAAAAAAACUUUGAAAACAGACUCCAACGAGAGUCUACUAAAUUGGAAUUAAUUUGCAAAUUGGAUACAAUUAACUUAGGCUUGAAUAGAGACUGGGAGUGGUUGAGUCAUUAUACUAAGUGAAACUAUUUCCUCUUGUUUAUCUCCUCCCUCCCUUCCCUUCCCCUCCCCUCCUGCCCUCCCCCCUUCUUCAGACGUUCUUGUUAACUCCUGGAAAUGUGCUGGAAAUGGCCCACCUUGAAUAUCACUUCAAAAGGUUUUCUCUCCCCCCACCCCACUCUCCUGCUGGUAAUAGCUCAUCUUAAGUGAUCACUCUCCUUACAAUGUAUAUUUUUUUCAUGGUCUGUGUGUAUAUAUAAAAUCUCCUCACUGUACUUUAUGCAUCCGAUGAAGUGAGCUGUAGCUCACGAAAGCUCAUGCUCAAAUAAAUUGGUUAGUCUCU